UCCCUCCAAAUAUCCCAUUUUCUCAAUGUCUCGCACUCCAUUAUUUACAAGCUAUUGGCAACGUACUUUUCAGAGAGUCACUGUCUGCUUUCUUGCUGUGGAGAUUAAGACAAAUACACUAUGAUCGUCGAGAUCAAUGGAUUAGCAUAAUAUUGUUUACUAUUAAAACUGCCCUUACGGUACCCAUUCUAGCCUUACAACGUGUUAGCAUUGUUUACGAUCCAGUAGCAAAGUUACCAGUAUGUUAUCAUGAUCGUGACCCUGCAGAAAGAUACAUAGAAUGGAGUUCUAUCAUCACUGACUUUAUAAUUGAUAUAUACGUCACA